UCUUAACAGUGGUUGCAUUUGAAACUGAUUUACUUGACAAAAGUUAAAAGGCUUGUCAAUGGGAGUUUGAACUUUUCGACGGAAAGGAUUAGAAGCAAAUGGUAGAUUUAUCAAGAUGUAUCCAGGUCCACAAGGUGCUCCAACCCAAGCAGGUAACAUGGCCAUGGCUACUGACAUGUCCAAUAGAGAUGGAACUGGGCGGUUCCCAGUCGGUCAAGUGGCUCCUCACUAUUCCCCCCAGUAUACUCCAGCAUUGCAGUAUGGUCCAGCACCUCAGUACGGCUUCACGUCACCUCAGUAUGGUACCACAGCACCACAGUUUAAUGGUGCAUCACCUCAGUACAGCACCACAGCAGCACCCCAGUAUAUGGGCAGUCCCCAGCAAGUGAGGUCCCCUGUGAGUCAGUACUCUCCACAGUACCCUCUUCAGCAGACACCAUACCACCUCCAACACCCCAUGACAGGGCAGUCUGCAGCAGCCUCUUUCUUUGCCAGGGCUGCUCAGAAACUGAACAUCUCCUCAAAGAAAAAGCGGCGUAGGGAGCCUCCAGAACCGGAGCCUCCUCCUUUCCCAACCAGAUUUAGUGAAAUAAUCCACGCAAGUCCCCCGCCAGCACCACCAUGUUUACUCAGAACUGUGGGAAGAAUCCAAAACCCAGGCACUGGCAAGGUGAAGGUAAUGCUGAGGAUUGCUCCCACGGAUAUCAGCAACGAUACUGGUUCUAUCCUCAGUUCAGAUCCUCGCAAGAAACAAGUGACUGUGUACGACCCCUCUACCAGUGGCUAUGCUACCUCAGCUCAUCGCAGGACUGGGGCUGCGGCACCCAAGAUGUUUGCUUUCGACCAAGUCUUCUCACAAGAUGACUCCUUGACUGAGAUCUGCUCAAGCAGUCUGUCAGAUAUCAUUCAGUCUGUUGUGAAUGGAGCAGAUGGUUGCCUCUUCUGUUAUGGACAUUCUAAACUAGGAAAAAGCUACACCAUGAUUGGCAAGGAUGGUUCCCAGCAGACCCUGGGGAUAGUGCCCUGUGCGAUAGCCUGGUUAUUUCGUCUCAUUAAUGAGCAAAAGGACAAGACUGGGGCCAGGUUCUCAGUGAGAGUGUCAGCAGUAGAGGUUGCAGGAAAGCAGGAAACCCUCAGAGACUUACUGUCACAAGUUGCAAGUGCAGAGACUGGCAGCAAUACCUCCCCUGGUGUGUAUCUCAGAGAGGACCCAAUCUGUGGCACACAGCUAGAGAACCAGAGUGAACUUAGGGCUCCAACGGCAGACAAAGCAGCCUUUUAUUUAGAUGCCGCAUGUGCAGCCAGAACAACACCUGAUAAUGAAGAGGAGAGCCGUACCUCCCACUUUUUAUUCACCCUUCAUGUAUACCAGUACAGGGUGGAAAAAAAUGGAAAGACUGGGAGUGGAGCUGGAGUGGCUGGUGGUCGUAGUCGCCUACAUCUGAUAGAUCUUGGCAGUGGCUGCAAGGCAAAAGACAGCAGUGGCCAGGCCCUGAGUUUGUCAGCACUGGGCAAUGUUAUACUAGCCCUUCUCAAUGGACAGAGACAUGUGCCACACAGAGAUAGUAAACUGACACAGCUGCUGCGAGAGGCUCUGGGCAGUCUGUCCUGCAGGGCAUGUAUGAUUGCCCAUGUGUCCCCAACCAUCAGGAACUACAAUGAAACACUGCAGGUGAUCCAGCUGGCUGCCAGGAUACACAGGAUGAGGAGAAGGACAAAAGUCAAAUUCUCCAGCAAUAGCUCAGAUGACAGCAGCUCCUGUGACGACUCUGGCUUUGGGCGUCGUAUGAGACCUGGAAUACGUAUGGGAACACUGCGUGAGGGAAUCUAUUACUCCAAUGCUGUUGGUUCUACAUCUGGAGAGGACUACACGUCCAGCAGUGAGCAGUCCUGUGACACUGUCAUAUACACGGGCGCCAAUGGUCAGGCUUUGAGCGACCCAGAUUUGACUGAUAACGAGCGUCCCCCUGUGAGUGUUCCUAUAAUGCCAGGUGGAACAAGGAUGCGCUUGCCAAGCGGUAGUGGGUCAGGCUCGGACAGUGAAGUGGGAGAAAGGAGGCCACUUAGUCGAUCAGGAAUAAAACUUGGUGCUUCAGCCUCAAGAUUGCCUAUAAAAAAUGUGAACAAGUCUCCCAAUUUGGCGGAGAAACAACCUGCAAGUACGAGUGAGGCCUCACCUCAGGCUGUACAGCUACCUCGCAAAAUUCGUCCUCCAACACCAUCGAAACAGUCCUCAGAGGGGGCAUCCUCCAGAAACCCUGGCCACAGGAACUGGCCCAAACCUCCAGCAUUUCGUGAGGGCACAGACCAUGGUGGAAUCCAGGGGGAACAGUGGGUGGAUGGGCCUGGUGCUGCCAUCUAUCCAGACACAGGGAGACAAGAACACUGGGUUGAUGGGCCCAAGGCUUUCACUGUGAUGACACAAAAAGAGAAAAUAGACUCUGUCCGAGAGGACCAAUCAUCCAGAGCAGUAACCAGUAAGUCUACAACAUCGAGGUCUCACAUACCUGGGAGUAAGACUAGUUCUGGUGACUUGAGAGCUCACGUGAGCAAACUCAGAGCUCCCAGCAGUGGAGAUAAAGAACGAGGGGGGCAUCAUGCUAAUGUAAAAGAGAGAACUGCACAGGGACCUGGUUUGUGUGAGGAACCUUCUCUCUCUAGUGAUACUGAAAUCAAUGGAAAUGACAAUGUAAUCGAACAAGUGCCUGUGUUGCCUACACCCACACAGAAGUUUGGAUCACCCCUCAAAAAUCCUCGUUUAGAGCAAAUUAAGGAGGAGAGGGUGACUGCCCCAUGUGCCCAUAGUGAUGAUAAUGACAGUGCACAUGCACACACACUAAGGCAAGUAGCCAUGCAAACAAAAACUGAGGUGUGUGCUGUAUCAAAGAAAUCAUUGAUUUAUUUGAAAACCAACAGCUACAGCCACAGACUGAAAAAGAGGUUGAAGAAUCCAAAAAUGAGAAUGACACUGACAAAAUAUAUGCUGAAAAUGGCCAUAGUAAUAGGACAGAAUCACAGGUUGUCCAUAAUGCUGACCAGAGUCCCCCAUCUUCAGAAGAUUCCGACAAAUCUGGCAAGAGCCAUAUCCGCCCUGCUUAUUUCCGACGUCCAGAUGGUGCCUCUAAUCCUAAUUUGCAUAAAGACCCUACAGCAGAUGAGAAAUCUCAGCAUGAGGUGGUGGCCGCAUCUGCUUCCACCGAGAUCACCACACAAAAGUGCAAUAUAGUCACAGAGAGAAUGGUCCCAGGGCAGUCUGCAGAUGACAAAAUCAAACCAGCCAGAGGCAUCCCCAAACUGCAGAGUCGACUCCCUGUGAAUAAAGCCUCCUCUUCCAGUUAUGCCAAAAAUAAACCUCCAUUGCCAAAUAAACCUUCGACAAAUGCCACCAAAUCGCCUAAACCACCCCCUCCAGCCAAACCCAUACGGUCCAGUAGUUUGCCUCGUGGAACUAUGUCACAGCCAUCAACCCCAGCAAAGAGUGUCGCCCCUAAGGCUGGGGGUGGCGGUGGUGGACAGCAGGGUGGACGGUCAGUCAGUGUCCCUGCCAGUCCUGCUGCCACACCCAGUCCCAGCAGGAGCAGCAAGACCAGCAAACUGCCACAGAAACCCAGUUCCACCAGUAGCUCCACCAAUAGCAGUCCCUCCAGAUCAAGUGCCAGCCCCUCACGCUCACGAAGCAAGUCGCCCACCUCCAAACUUCCAACUAGUAAAUCAAGGCUUCCACAGUCAUCUAGCAAAGCCAGCAUUCAGAGCAGUAAAGACUCUAAGAUAUCCCCCAAAGUAGCAAAAGCCAGUCCCAAGAAGGAAAAAGAGAGUAAAUUGCCUGUCACCAAAGCAAGCAACAAUAGGGUCACUGAGCUUGUGAAAACUCGAGAAGGUGAUUCUGACAGUGGAAAUGACAGCGGCAUUGGUGACAAAAAGCUGUUGUCCCCUUACUCCACCCUGACCAAAGCAAGGACAUCCAGCCACUCCAGCAGUGGACAUGGGAGUGACAACAGUAGCAGCAUUAGUGGAGUCGUCACCAAGAAGGAGCGUCUCCAUGGUGGCACGAGCAGCGGCUACGAGAGCAUGAUAAGAGACAGCAGCGAGAUCACGUGCACAUCAUCUUCAACACACGAUUCGUCCAACGAAAGCUCAGCCAGUGGUUGGAUAAGGGGCAACAGGAUUUUCAAAAAGAGGACUGCAUCACGUAGAAGCAAGUCUGCCCCAGCUCGCUCAGACAAUUCCCCCAGCAGCUGUCCACAGAGCCCCAGCAGCCAACGUUGUGCCGCAUCACCAAAAGCCUGGGUAGACACCCGGCAAGCAGAGGGCACACGUGAUGAACCAUUUGAGCUGAAAAUGUACGAUGUUGAUGAUGUGGAGAGAAUGCAGAGAGCGCGAUCACGGGAAACGUCAGAGCAACGAGAAUUAGAUGGCAGGCGGAAGAAAAUACAGGGUCUUAUGGAUCGCCAGUCAGAGCUCAAACAAGAGCUGGCGAACACAAAAGAUAAACUUAUGGUAGAUAAGAGUGCUUGGAGUUACGAUUUGUUCCUGGCCAGUGAAAUGCAGAGGGACGAUCCGCACUAUUUGGAAGCACUGGAAAAAGAGACGUCUAUCCUUGAAAAAAGAGUAGUAGCCUGCAAGUCGCACAUCAUGAUGGUGACCUGCUUUGACAUCCGGGGAUGACUCCAAUGAGAUUGAAAAUGACUUAUCGAAUUUUUUUUUCUUACAUGAGGACAGGUUGAAAAUUUUGUCGCAGAACGAAAAAUUUUUGCCUUUGUUGCAUAUUUGAAAUUUGAAAUUGUAUGUUAUGAAACCAAGAUACUAAAAGUUAGAGUGAUUUAUAUUCAGUUAUAUUAUGUGAAAUUAUUUUUUAAGAGCUGUCCUUUAUGUAACUUUUUUUCCAAUUAUUUGUUAUAAGCUGAGAGUAAGAUAGGUGAUCUUGAUGAUAUUUGAUUACAAUUCGUCAGAUCAUUUUGUAACAGUAACCUUUUUUGUUUACAUAUGUUAAAGAAAUUUUAAACUGAAAAUGCUUAAAAUUGAGAUUUUUAAGCUGUUUUACAUGCAUUUCAGGUGUAUUUCUUGAUAUGUUUGUGGGCUGUGAAAGAAGCCCUUUUUGUGUUAUAUUUUUGUACCAACAAGAUGUUCAGUGCAUCCAGAUUUUAGGAUGUUUAAUUUUGUGCUUUAAUUAGUAACUGUAAUUUGGGAAAGAGGAGUUAAAUUAUUUGAUAGAAAAAAGGAUAUCCCCUAAAAAAACUUUUUUUUAAGUUUUGUUUUUCUUAUUAUUUCAGUGGUAAAUACUUUGCUAACCAGAGAGCUGGUGAAAACAA